AUGCGCAUGCGCACUUUUAUAAAUAAACCAUUUUGGCAUCAAUUUUUUUUACCAUCAUCGACAUCAUCAUUAUCAUCAACAAGUGCCAUAUCAGAUUUUCGUAAUAUAAAAUUUUCAAAUAUUCAUCAUUCCCAUCAUUUGUCAUCAUUAACACCAUCAUUAUCAAAUGAACGAUUAAAUUCAUCAACAUUAAAUCGUGGUAAAGAUGGUAUAUUUCGUCCGAAAAGUAUAUUUUCAUUAGCAACAGAAAUUGAUUUUGAUUCAUCAUCAUCGAAAUUGUUAACAAGAUCAACGGCAAGGCCAACAAUACCAUCAUCAAAUCCACGAUUAUCAUAUCUUCGUGAUCAUCAAGGUCGAAAUAGUCAAUCCCUAUCAACAUCGACAUCAACAAGAAGUCAAGAUUUUUUAACAAAUUUUAAUGAUAAUUUAAGCUAUUUAAACACAACAAAUACCAAUAGUAAAACAAAAUAUAAUCAAAAUUUUUAUAAUAAAAAUUCAUAUAUUUUACCGGGUAAUUAUCGUUUUACAAAUGUUUAUAAUGCACCAAAAUAUCGUGAACGACCAUUAUUAUCGAAUUUAAAUCGUAAAUUUGGUUCACCAUCAUCAUCGACAACAUUUAAUCAUCGAAAUGAUCGGCGUCAAAGUGGUGGUGGUGGUUCUAGUGGUAAAGGAUCGCCAAUACCAUCAUCAUCGAGACAUCUUGGUAAAGAAUCACCAACCGGUUCAAUUGGUUCGACACAUAAAUCAUCAUCAUCAUCAAUCAAUGAUAAUCAAUCAUCACCAUCAUCAUCAUUAAAACCUAAAUUAGAAAGAAAUAAAUUUUUAAUAAAAUUUCGUGAAUAUGAUAAACCGCCAUUAAUAAUUGAUAAUAAUCGUCGCAGUUCAAUCUCAUGGGACAUUCCAUAUGAUCAUCAACAACUAAAUCAACCAAAAAUUGAUUCGAAGCAAAAAUCAAAUAUCGAAUCGAUUAAAGAAAUCGAUGAUGUUGUGGUUGUUGAUGAUGAUUCUUUUAAUCAACAACAAGAAUUAGGGGUAAAACAAAUUGAUGACAUGUCAUUUAUGAAUAGGACAAACAUUAUAGAUGAUGGUGGAAGUGGCAAUGUAAUAGAACAACAAACAAAAUCAUUAACCCCUUGUUCAUUACAACGAUGGAAAGGUUCAUUCAAUCUGAAUGAUGAUAAUAAUGGCGGAAAAGAUGAUAAUAAUAAUAAUUUGGUGGAUGAUGAUGAUAAGUUUAAAAAUAAUCACCUAGAUAAAUUCGUUGACCUAAAUUCAUUGAUAAAAGAAGAGAAACAAAAUCAGGAACCGAUUUUAUUAAAAGAAUCUUUGUUGUCAACGGUAACAACAGCAACAAAAAUCAUCGAAAAUCAAACGAAUGAAUUUCCCGAACGUUUAAUAUCGCUAAAAGCAAUGGAUUUAAUUAAACCAAAAUCUAAAAUCAACGAUAGUAACGUUGAACAAAAACCGGUAAAAAAACCAAUGAAAAAACCAUUGAAAAAAGAUCCGAAUGAUCAAAUAAGGAUAAUGAAAAAAUCAGAAAAACCUAAACCAAAACGAACAAAUUCAUUAAAAUUAUCCGAUUCAUCAUUAAUGAAAGAAAAUUUAAUUUUUAAAACACAAAUCGAUAUACCAUCGUUUAAUGAUGAAAUAAUUGAAAUAAAAUUUGAUAAAUUAUUAACAAAUUUUGAUUCGAAUAACGAAAGAAAAUUUGCAAAACAAUUGAAAAAAUCUGCAACAUCUGAGCUAUCGUUAUCGAAAACCAUUAAGGAUGAUGAUCCUGUGAUGAUUGGUAAAAGAAAAAAACAACCAAAACCAAUCAACGAUAAGAUGAUGGUGGAUAAAAAAUCCAAUUUAGAAAUGGAAAAUGAUGAGCCAAAAAUCACAACUGUUGUUCAAAAUAUUCCGAAAAUAAAAAUUAUUCCAGAAAAAUUGGAUUUAACAACCCCGACUGAAUCAAAAGAUGAGAAAAAAAAGAAAACAACAACACCGGACAAACAAGUGGCGGAAAAACUCGAAAAACAAUCAGAUUUGAAAACAAAAGCCAAAAUCAUCAAAAAAGAUGAUGCGGAUAAAUCAGUAACAUCACCGGAAAUAAAAUCACCCGAAUUGAAAUCACCAAAAUUAAAACCGAAAAAAGAUCAAAAAUCAGAAACAAUCGAACAAUCAAAAUUUUCAUUCAAUAAAUGUAAUUCGUUAGAAGAAUCGAUUGUAUCGAAAAAUGAAAGAUAUAAAUUGUCUGAUGUCUGA